UACACGUGUACACCCUCUUCCCAAAAGAAAAUCAAUUUUAAAAAAAGGAAACUCCACUACAGGAAGAAUAAUGCCAAUGAAUGUACCCAAAAUACCUAUAUAAGAUAUCAAUACACAACAAUAACACAAGGAACAAACUGAAGACGUAACCAUACCCAAAAAAAAAAAGAGGAUGAGCUCCAUGAAAGCCAUUGCACCUUAUUUGGGCAUGAUUGUAAGCCAAUUAGCUUAUGGAGGAGCCAACAUUUUAGGCAAGCUUGCCAUAGAGCGAGGACUCAGCUACCCCGUCCUCAUCGUCUAUCGCCAUCUCAUCGCCAUGACAAUCUUUGGUCCCCUCUCCUAUGUUCUUGAAAGGAAUCAAAGGCCACCUCUUUCAUUGUCGAUACUCAUGAAGAUCUUCGUCCUCACAUUGUUUGGAGCAACGAUACAUCUGAAUGUAUUCUAUUUAGGGCUUGAUUAUACACCCCCAACUGCGGCAAGUGCUUUGAGCUGUGCAAUUCCUGCUCUUACUUUUACCCUGGCAGUAUUAUUUAGGAUGGAAGAGGUCAAGAUUAAAAAUGCAAAGGGGAGAGCAAAGAUAAUAGGAGCUUUAGUUUGCAUUACUGGAGCUCUUUUAUUUACUUUUUGGCAAGGCCCUCUCCUCCUAGGAUUUGUUAAGAGACCUUUGUUUAUAGUUCAAGGAAAAAACUUUGGCCACGGAUCAAAACAUUAUAAAGAUGAUUGGAUCAAAGGUUCCGUUCUUAUAUUCAUUGCCAAUGCCACAUUUAGUGUAUGGUUCAUUCUUCAGGCAAAGGUUUAUGAGGUUUAUCCAGCAACAUUAUCGAUGAACGCCCUGAUCUGCUUCUUCGCAUCCCUUCAGUCUGCAACACUCGCCCUCAUCUUUGACAGAAAUGCAUCUUCUUGGAAAUUAGAAUGGAACAUACAACUUAUAACAAUCAUAUACUCAGGAAUUGUGAUAUCUGGCCUUUCAUAUUACUUGCAAACUUCUUGUAUCAGCAAGAGAGGACCAGUAUUUGCUGCUAUGUUCUCUCCACUAAACCUUGUUCUAGUGGCACUCUUCUCUGCUUUCUUUUUCGCUGAAAGACUUCAUUUGAGCAGCUUGAUUGGAGCUUUCGCCAUAAUUUCGGGACUUUACAUGGUACUGUGGGGGAAAAGCAAAGACCGUGACGGCAAAGAAUCUGAUGAAGAAUUGCAGAUAAGGUUUUUAUCAUCAAGCACUGAAUGCAAUCCUAAGUAAUGUAUUUCGGACACAUCUAUUUCCUCAUCAAGGUUCUAAAGGGAGUCUUUUUCUUCGUAUUUCUUUUUUUCCUUUUCGAAGAUAAAUGUAAUCUUUUGUUCUCAUGCAAAGUUUGUCAGGCAAUAUUGUGCUCCGUAGUUGCCAAUGUAGCCAUGCAAAAGAAUUGUUAUCUCAACUCCUAAAACAAUUUAAAUUCUGAGAUUGACAAAAUUUGAACCUGUAUUGACGAAAGUUGAAUUAGAAUUCAUAUGUAAAUUGAUUCAAACUUCCCUCAUUU